CCGCGCCGCUUUCGGGGCACAAAACCCGCCCCUGCCCGGGGCGCGCAGAGAGGGCAGCGCCAGGGGUAGAGCGGCGCGUUCGGCGCGGGGUGAGCGCAGGGGGCGGCCCGGGGACAGUUGCGGUGCCCGAUUCUGAUCUCGGUCCCGCCCGGUGUAAAUCGGAGUGACUCCAUUGCCCAGAGUGAACGGAGACCGGAGCGCGUACCGCCAGCGUAACUUGAACUGCGGACUGGCUUUUUAAAAAGUGCGCCUGCGGUGUAACAAACGGAGCCCUACGAUACACGAGCUCAGGGCAGGAGACAUCCAAUCCAGAGACCCUGGGGGAGGAUUGCUAUUCAGUGCUACUUGAAGUUCAGUCUUUAGGGAGAAUGUGCCUGCGGUGGGCUCAAAGGGUGGGCCUGUGAGAAGCUGCAGAACUAAAGAGUGAGCCUGUUGGGUGAGAACAUGGGACAGGAGAACCAAGUGCUCACAGGUAGAAUGAGAGAAGAGCAGACUAUGACAAAAAGAAUGUUCAUAUCCAGCAUGGAUACAGAGGAAAGCUUAACAAUUCCCAUCAAUAAAGAUUUUUAUGAAAUCCUCAUGAGACAAGAGAGCUGUCUACGUGACCUCAUUGAAAAGAAGUUUGGGUGUAUAUCUCUGCUUAAAAGUAUAAAAUGUCCUCUUGAAGUGUACAGGAAAAGCCUGAAAGAAGGAAUUGAGGUAUCUGUUUGGAUGGAUGAUAUGACAAGACAUACUGCUGAUGCUUUGGUGAAUGCAGCCAAUGAACAUCUGGACCAUAUUGGAGGCCUAGCACUUGCCCUGGCGAAAGCUGGUGGGCCAGAAAUUAAACAAGAGAGUAAAAGUUACAUUGAACGCCAUGGAACACUUAACACAGGUCAAAUAGCGGUAACAGGUGGAGGCAGGCUUCCGUGUAAGAAAAUUAUUCACGCAGUAGGUCCACGAUGGUCUGUAUAUGAAAGUGAGAGAUGUUGUCAGAGACUUGAGGCAGCCAUUAUAAGUGUCCUGAAAUAUGUUAAUGCUCCAGAGAAUAAUAUAAGCUCUGUGGCUAUCCCUGCAGUGAGCUCAGGAAUUUUUGGGUUCCCAUUAGACUUAUGUGCUCAUGUGAUCGUACAGACUAUUAAGAAUUUUGUUGAGCUAGCUCCGUUAUUUGGCUGGGUCAAAGAAAUCCGCUUGGUGAACAUUGCUGAGCCCACAGUUGCAGCAAUGAAAAAGGCCUGUGAAGAGUUUCUGGGCAGGAGUGACUUCAACUCAGUUCAGGAGACUCCGCCAGCUUCAGCAAACCAGCUUCUAAAUUCCAUCACAAUCAGAGGUCUUUGCCUACAUGUCGUAAGAGGACACAUUGAGGAUCAGCAGACUGCGAUUAUUGUUAAUUCUGUGGUCAUGAAUGAUCUGUCAAGAGGAAGCAUUUCAAGAACAAUUCUGCAAAAAGCAGGCUCAUCUCUUCAGGAGGAAUUUCAGUUUCAGUUACAAAAAUUUCCUCCAUAUUGUGAGAAAGUCAUAAUGACAAAAGGAUACAAUCUGGCCUGUAAGUCUGUGCUGCACGUAGUAUGGUCAUCACAGAGCAGCAGUGAUGAACGCAAGACGCUAAAAACUGCAAUGUCAAGAUGUUUGCUUCAGAUUCAGGAGUAUCGUUUUCCUUCAGUUUCCUUCCCAGUAAUUGGAUUGGGAGUAUUACAUCUGACAGUGGAUGAAUUGGCAGAUACCAUGAUUGACGAAGUGUUAAACUUUGCAAAGGAACAUCCUGGGAUGAAGUUAGAUGUGUAUUUUGUGAUCCAUCCAAAUAAUAGUUCUGCCCAUAAGAUUUUCCAAGCCAAGUUUGAUUCAGCAAAAAGCAAACUGAGAGUAGAUGUGGCAUACAACAAAAGUGACAAUUUGAGAUCACGCUCUGAAAGACAGGCUGAAACUGAGAAUACAAACACUGGACCAGCCAUUGAACUUAUUGGAAAUCGCUGUGAAACAUUGGAAGCAGCAAAAAUAUGGAUCAAGAACAUAAUGCAAGUCCAGGAAAGUCACCUUUUUGUUAUAGAAAACAAUCACAUUUUUAACCUAAGCAAAAAAGAUCAUACAGAACUCUCUCGUCUGCAAUGUUUUGGUGUGUCCAUAUCAGAGGAAGUGAUUGGUGGAAAGGCAAGAUUAGAGAUUCAAGGUCCUCCUAGUGCUGUGAUUGAUGCAGUGUUCGUGAUUGAAAACUUACUGUGUGAUGCGCAAGAGAAUAAUAGAGCCAAAGAAGAGGAACUGCUGCUGUCAGAGGGCCUACUGGAAACUGGUUAUCCUUCAGAAAGACUUCGAGGCAAGACAAGGGGUACCAAAAUGCAUUACCAGAUCUCUCCAGUAGAAUCAUACUGUCAGGAAUUCAAGGACCGAGAAAAACAGUUUGAAAAAGCUGGGCUUCGUGUUCUUAAGAUAGAAAAAAUAUACAAUUCUCUUUUAUCAACUGCCUUCCAACGGAUUAAAAAAUAUGUAGAAGGAAAAAAUAUUGGCAAGCAGGUGUGCCACAGGCUGUACCAGCGUGUUCCUGCUCAGUUCUGUAGCUUGGUAUGCAGAUCUGGAUUUCAGAGAACAUACUCCCCUCCACCAGAACAAAAAUACGGAGCUGGCAUCUACUUUGUCAAGAGCCCUGGAAACCUAAUGCGGGAUACUAAGGAAAAGUGUGAAAUGGACCAUCUUAUUUGUGUGUUUGAGGCUGAGGUAGUAACAGGCUUAUACACUGAGGGCAGACAGUCUUACAUUGUGCCACCAAUAAUUGGAGAUGGUAUGAAUGCAUAUGACAGCGUAGUAGAUAAUGUUCAUAACCCUGAAACUUUUGUCAUUUUUAACAGUAAUCAGGCUGUUCCACACUAUAUAUUGACAUGUUCCCAGAUUUGGGCUGAGCAAUCAGUGCCUUAUGGGGCAACCAGAGGUUCAGUAAAUGAGAGAUCAUCAGAACCAUGGGACUUGGGUAUUUCCCAGAACCAUGAGCACAGAGGCUCCCCCAGAACAAAGAAUAUCUGACCAUACUGCAGUCGGGUGGUGAAUGCCUCACCUUUGAUAAUCUUGACACAUCCAUGUUGAUAUAUACAAGACUUUAACCACUAUGAUAAUCUAAAAGUUAAAACUUAUCUAUAGUUUUGUAUCAGAAAGAGGUACUAGACAGAGUUUAGUUGACCGUUCCUGUAGUGGUUAAAAUAUAUAGUUUCCAAACUAUGCAGAAAUUUUAUUUUUCUCUAAAUAGCCACAGUAUGCACCCUAUGCAUUUUAUUUUACUAAGUUGCUUGAGAUGAGUAAAUAUAUAUUUAGUCACAGAAGUCUUUGAUAAAAAUCUGAAACGAUAUUUUAUAAAUUAAAAGAAAGUCACACAAACAAACACCAUCUAAUCCAAAGUAAUCCCUUUAUAUUAAAACACAUAUUUUGCUGUUCAUUUAUUUUAAAUUCUGCUUUCACUUGUUUAGCUAAUCUUCGAGCAUAAAUGCUCUCAUCUUUAGAAUUGCUAUUUUAUAAAUGUUUACAUGCUUAUAAAAGUGAAUUUAUUUGCAGUGUUAGUCACUAUAAUCGUGUUUAUUAGCUGUAUGAUGUGUCAACAAGUAACAUGUUUGAGAAAUAAAAAAAUUGCGUGACCAAAAAUCAAUCAAUCUGUUGAUUUGUUCUGAUUUUUCUUUUCCUCUGAACAGACACUAAGAUUCCUGACUUUGACAAUAGCUGAGACUUGCCUAUCACAGUAUAUUCAACAUGGCCUUCUAUGAAAGAUUUUAUGAAAAAAAUAAAGCAUGAGUUCACAACCUGUAGCUAGCAAUCAUUGGAGGCAAUAUACAUGCUUCAGGGGAGUUAUGAUCUUGUUUUAUGGUUAGUUGGGAUGUGCCCACGGUUUGAAACUUUUUCAUUGUAAUUUGCAGUCGUGGUAUAGAAAAAGCUGUGAACUGAAAUAUUAUUUAAAAAAAAUCAACUUAGCUAUAUCCUCAGAUACGUCUACAAUUGUCUUAUUAAUAAAGGUCAUUUAAAUGUAGCUAGAAGUACAAGCACAGGGGGUGAAACCAGUUGCUGGAAUGGGACUUGAACUGAGGGUCCAAAGGAAAAAAUUCCCAAGCACUGCUUUACAUUCAUGUUUUUCUGUAGAUCAAAGUACUGCAGUCUGCAACAUUUACACACACCAAAAUCUGCUCAUAGUUACACCUGGGCAAUCCAUUAACUUCAAUGCGCUGAUAAAAUAAAGAACAGAAUUUGACCCAGUCUAUUUCCUGAUCAGUUAUGGCCAUGAAGAAUUACAUGUGUGUCUACUAGGAAGUUUUAAUUUAAAAUUGGCUUAUAUACCUGCUGACCAAAAAUUACCAAAUUUUAAAAAGUAUCUUGUGAUAUUGUAAAAGUACAGCAAAAGUUAAAGGGAUUAUCAUCCAAUGUAAUAUAAGCUUCUGGCUUGAAAAGAAGUACGUACCUAGAGCCAGAAAAGAUUUUAAUUUUUGUUACAGUUUAAUAUAAUAUAACAGGGCGUGGACCAAAAGACAUCCCAAUCAUAACUAUUGCAAUGCAUUAGUGAAACCUACAGCACAAGGUAUCAUCGCUUUAUAUAGCUAUUGUGUCUCAUAAGAGGACUUCAGUGCAAUUUGAGUUAGCACAUCUUUAAUGUACUCUAGGCACACUUUCAAAUUUUCUUUAUAUUUUAAUAAAAUUAAGAGUUUAAUACCAUCCUAUAAGCUUGAAAACACAAACAUUCCACUCCUAAUUUAGCCUCUCCACUUGGCCAACAGAUUUCCCCCUCCCCUUCAUUUCCAUUGAUUUUUAUUACCUUGUUCACACACCAAUGUAGGUUUAAGUUUUAUUCAGCCAAGUUUUGUUCAACCACAUUAGUCGGUUUUCAUCAAAAUGUUCCAUUUUGAAAGUGUCUUGGCACCCCAGUGAAUUUUAAGAAGUAAACAGUGUUUCCAUUCCAAGUAUUUAAUCAUUACAACAGUUUUAAUAUACAGAUUUUAGACAAACUAGUGAGAUGCAUGUUCCCUUUGUGUUCAAUACACUUCUCACUCCUUCACUCUUAAUAAGAGUUGUAUAUAUUAGUACAGUUGCUGUAAAUAUAGAAUAUCUAAAUUUUCAAUACAUUUUGUUUUAACUGACAUAGCUAUUUAUUUCCCUAACUGCAACCAUAGGAAUUUUAAAAUGACAUUAGCAUGUUACAAUAAACAUUUUAUCAAUAAAAAAAUAACAGCUUAGGUGGAUGUACUAUUGUAAAAAUUGUGCAAAGUAAAUCUAUGCAGAACAUGAAAAGAAAUCACAUCAAGUUAAAAAAAA